CCCAAUAGGUGGCUUACGCAGGUUGGUGGGCGCAUGCGCGGUGCGUGCUCUCGGGAGCGGACCCUGAAGGAGUGGAACUGCCAGCUAUUCAAACUAAACCUUGGAGUAAACCGUGACAUCGACCUUCUUACACCAUCGACAAGUCUGCUGAAGCUCUGUCUGCGAAGUAAAUAACCAGAGCUCCACCACUUCUCACACUUCGCGACUGUUCCUGUGGUCCAAGACACCAGUCAUUUUUGCCUGGAUUAUUGCCUUGUGAGAUAUUCUUGUCAUCUGAAGUUGAACAUGGCAGAUGAAGAGGACUAUAUGUCUGAUUCCUUCAUCAAUGUCAAGGAAGAUGUCAGACCUGGAUUGCCAAUGCUUAGGCAGAUCCGAGAAGCCCGUCGGAAAGAAGAAAAACAACAGGAAGCUAAUCUGAAAAAUAGACAGAAGAGUUUAAAAGAAGAAGAACAAGAGCGACGUGACAUUGGGUUGAAGAAUGCACUAGGCUGUGAAAACAAAGGGUUUGCUUUGCUCCAAAAAAUGGGAUAUAAAAGUGGUCAGGCCCUUGGCAAGAGUGGUGCUGGGAUUGUCGAACCUAUACCUCUUAAUGUCAAAACAGGAAAAAGUGGCAUUGGUCAUGAGACAUUAUUAAAGCGGAAAGCUGAGGAAAAACUAGAAAACUACAGAAGAAAGAUACACAUGAAAAACCAAGCUGAACAACAAGCUGCAGAAGACUUUAGAAUGCGACUUAAAACUAAGCAAGAUGAAAUGAAGCUAGAAGGUGACCUGAGAAGAAGCCAGCGAGCCUGCCAACAGCUAGAUACUCAGAAGAAUAUUCAGGUUCCUAGGGAGGCAUGGUACUGGUUGAGGCUUGAAGACGAGACUGAAGAAGAGGAAAAGGAAGAAAAAGACCAAGAUGAAGAUGAAUAUACGAGUGAAGAUCUAAGCGUACUGGAAAAACUGCAAAUAUUGACUACUUACUUAAGAGAAGAACAUUUGUAUUGUAUUUGGUGUGGGACAGCCUAUGAAGAUAAAGAAGACUUGGCUUCCAGUUGCCCAGGUCCCACUUCUGCAGAUCACGAUGACUGAGAUUAUUCUCAAUAAAGCUGAAACUUAAAAAAAUGUUGUCACCUAAAAAUCCUUGAACAUUUAAAAUUCCCAAUUUCUGGAGCCAGUGUAGAAGAGCCUUUAUGUCUCAUUCUUUUUGUACCUAAGAGGUUUUGUUUGUACUUUAGAAUAUAAUUGUUCAGUGACUUCAGAAAAAUAAUGGGAGGCUCUUUGGGAACACAAGUAUCACAGACAUGGGCAGGUACAAUUUGUGGCGCUAUUGUGAGGUUGUGGGGUUUGAGGACACUAACAGGUAACUCUCACUCCCCUGUUCAUUUUGGAACAAACUGAUGAGUAAGACACGGGAGUCAGAGAGAGAAUAAGGAUGACUUGUUCUGAAUCAGGAGCCCUAAUAAGUUUUCCUGACUGGAGAAUGCUGUUGACUCUGCCUGGCCGGGGCAUCUAUGCUUUGAGACCCCUUAACUCCCAAGUUAAAGAACCCAGCUGGAACGGGCCACUCGUGCUCAGUUCCUUCUCUAAUCAUCCUUUUUUUGGUGACUUUUUUUUUUUUUUUUUAUGUAGAGGGAAUGAAUGAGAGUUCAAAGAGCUUGCACCCACACUUCUCUUUCUCAACGUGCUAGAGUAAGUUUCCUCUAUGCAAGCAUGAGGAGGGGAAAUGCAUUCCUCGUAAGUCUGAUAUCAGAGGCAAAGUUCACUAACUCUACUUUUUUAGACAAAAUAGUACAUCUAAUAAAAUAGUGAGUUUUCAUGAAAUGAGUAUAUACAUUGUGAGUGAUAAAAAACACUCACGAAUUGAGAAUAAUCUUAAACAUCAUAUGACCCAAGUGCUUACUAAAUUUGCAACCCCCUUGACAUUUUGAUGAAUAUAAAGGUGUGUGUGUGUAUGAACAUAAAUUUAUGGUGAACAUUAUAUAUAAACACUGGAGUUUCUACUGUUUUGUAUUCAUUUCUUUGUUCAAAAAAUAAAACUGUAUUAA